AGUAGAUUUGUGACGGUUCUUAACUUAACUGUGUGUGCAAAAAUAUUUUUUGCGUCAUAAUUGACGCUAUGAGAGUAAGCUUUUUCAUUCUGGGCGUCGUAGCUCUUGUCUACGGCAGACCCCAGGAUAUUGAACCAAAUAACCUAAUAGCUGAUGAAAGAUGCUCUACAGCUAUAAUCCAUCACUUAUUACCCCACGAAUACGACUGUACCAAGUUUUACUACUGUGAAAAUGGACUUAGAUACGAAGUACCAAGUAAUUGUGCCCCUGGAACGGAAUUCUCGUACGAUGAACAAGUGUGCAUCCAUCCCAUAUUAGCAAAAUGUUCACUACCAGGACUACCGACAACUCCUCAGAGUACCUGUCCAACUUGUCCACCAGGCGAUUCGACAACACCAACACCAACUCCCACAACAGUAGCACCAACAACUUCAAGCCCCGGAAUAACUUUACCCAAUGGUUGUCCCGCUGACUUCGAAAUUCACGUACUAUUGCCUCAUGAGACGUACUGCGAUAAGUUCUACUUCUGCGUCCGCGGAGAAAAAGUUGAAAGGCAAUGCGCAAAAGGCACAUACUUCAACUAUGAGAGUCAAUUAUGUGAUUGGGCAGAAAACGUAGAAUGUUCAGGUAGCAGUGGAAGUGGAGGUGGCAGUGUUGUAGACGGUGGAGAUGGUGGCGUAAACGACGUAGGCAGUGUUGGAGGAGAUGGUGGUACACUUUCAAAUGGUUGUCCUGCUGACUUCAACAUACAUAAACUAUUGCCACAUGAAAACAACUGCGCCAAGUUCUACUAUUGUGUACAUGGAAAUAAAGUAGAGAGGAACUGCGCCGCGGGAACUCACUUCAGCCCAACUCUUCAGGUUUGCACAUGGCCACGAGACGCAGGAUGCGAAGCUGGUAGCGGAGAUAAUGGCAGUGGUGGUGGUGGAGACGGAGGCAGCGGUGGAGGUGGUGGUGGAGACGGAGGAGGUGGAGGCGGCGGUGGAGGAGGCGGUGGUGGAGGUGGUGGUACACUUCCAAACGGGUGUCCUGCUGACUUCGAUAUCCAUAAACUAUUGCCACAUGAAAACGACUGCGCUAAGUUCUACUACUGCGUACAUGGAAAUAAAGUAGAAAGGAACUGUGCACCAGGAACUCACUUCAGCCCAACUCUUCAGGUUUGCACAUGGCCACGAGAUGCUGGAUGCGAAGCGGCGGUGGUGAAGGAGGCGGUGGAGGCGAAGGAGGCGGCGGUGGUGAAGGAGGCGGUGGAGGAGGAGGAGGUGGUGGAGGCGAAGGAGGCGGCGGUGGUGAAGGAGGCGGUGGAGGAGGAGGAGGUGGUGGAGGCGAAGGAGGCGGUGGUGGCGAAGGAGGAGGCGGCGGAGGAGGCGGCGGUGGAGGCGAAGGAGGCGGUGGAGGAGGAGGCGGCGGUGGAGGCGAAGGAGGUGGUGGUGGCGAAGGAGGCGGCGGUGGUGAAGGAGGAGGCGGAGGAGGAGGCGGUGGUGGUGGUGAAGGAGGCGGCGGUGGUGAAGGAGGCGGCGGUGGCGAAGGAGGUGGCGGUGGCGAAGGAGGUGGCGGUGGCGAAGGAGGCGGCGGUGGCGAAGGAGGAGGUGGAGGUGGCGGAGGAGGAGGUGGCGGAGGAGGCGGUGGAGGCGAAGGAGGCGGCGGUGGUGAAGGAGGAGGCGGAGGAGGAGGCGGCGGUGGUGGCGAUGGAGGCGGCGGUGGCGAAGGAGGCGGUGGUGGAGAAGGAGGCGGCGGUGGAGAAGGAGGAGGCGGAGGCGGAGGCGGUGGUGGAGGCGAAGGAGGCGGUGGUGGUGAAGGAGGCGGCGGUGGAGAAGGAGGAGGCGGAGGUGAAGGAGGCGGCGGUGGCGAAGGAGGAGGCGGAGGUGAAGGAGGCGGCGGUGGCGAAGGAGGCGGCGGUAGCGAAGGAGGAGGUGGAGGUGAAGGAGGAGGUGGAGGAGGUGGCGGCGGUGGUGGCGACGGAGGCGGCGGUGGCGAAGGAGGCGGUGGUGGCGAAGGAGGCGGCGGUGGCGAAGGAGGAGGCGGAGGAGGAGGUGGCGGUGGAGGCGAUGGAGGCGGUGGUGGUGAAGGAGGCGGUGGUGGAGAAGGAGGCGGCGGUGGAGAAGGAGGAGGCGGAGGCGGAGGCGGUGGUGGAGGCGAAGGAGGCGGUGGUGGUGAAGGAGGAGGUGGAGGAGGAGGUGGCGGUGGAGGCGAAGGUGGCGGUGGAGGCGAAGGAGGCGGUGGAGGCGAAGGAGGCGGCAGUGGUGAAGGAGGCGGCGGUGGUGAAGGAGGAGGCGGAGGAGGAGGUGGCGGCGGAGGCGAAGGAGGCGGUGGUGGCGAAGGAGGCGGCAGUGGUGAAGGAGGCGGCGGUGGUGAAGGAGGAGGCGGAGGAGGAGGCGGCGGUGGAGGUGAAGGAGGCGGUGGUGGCGAAGGAGGCGGUGGUGGCGAAGGAGGCGGCGGUGGCGAAGGAGGAGGCGGUGGAGGAGGCGGCGGUGGAGGAGGAGGUGGCGGUGGAGGAGGUGGCGGCGGAGGAGGUGGCGGAGGAGGAGGUGGCGGAGGAGGAGGGUGGAGGAGAUGGAGGUGGAGAAGGCGAAGGAGGCGGCAGUGGUGAAGGAGGCGGUGGUGGUGAAGGAGGUGGUGGUGGUGGAGGUACGGAAUCAAACAAAUGCAAAGAUGAAUGUCACGUACUACACUGGGCUCAUGAAACAGACUGCGACAAAUUCUGGCGUUGUGUAGGUAAUCAACAAGUUCUAAGCAUUUGUUCUGAAGGCUUAUUCUUCAACCCACGCACUCAAACCUGUGACUUCAUGUGUAACGUCGACUGUGUGAGGGAAACCAUCCAAACCACAUCUCUGAGGGAUGGCCUUAAAAUAUUCUUGCCCUGGGAUCAAAUCGAUAGACCUAUCAAACUAAAUGAACAAGGUCAAAUAUUGGAAAUUAAUUUUGAGAAAUCUUAAGAUGGGUAUUUUUUUUAGGGACAGAAUCUUAAUUACUAAUAAUUUAUUGUUUGUUUUAGUGUAAAAUUUUUAUACUUGUAUGUAAAGUUAUUUAUUGUCAAAAUUAUUUCUAAGUUUACGA